AUGCCCGUUCCGCGAAACCGUUCCGGCGGCUUCACGCCGAAGUCCGGCAAUGCUUCCGCGCCGUCACUCUUCAAAUCCUCCUCCGCCUCCUCGGUCCCUUCUCUCUCCGCUCGGCUUUCGUGGAAUGACCUCGCUCCGGCGUUGGCGAUAGCGCUGCUGCUUGUAGCGGGUAUGCUGCUCGCCGUGACGUACAUGCGCGCGUCGUCAAUGCGGUGCAGUGCGAUGCAACUGGAGCAGCACGUGAGAACGCUCAAGGUGAGGAUGCUUAUAGCGGCAGGGAGGAUCGCGACAGGGGAGGCAGAGUCUGGUGGAGAGGCAGGUGAGAAUCUCGGGCAGGGAUGGCAGGCAACGGCAGCAAAGGGGAAAAAGCUGCCUUCUGCUUGGUCCACUGCAGCUGCAGCUGCUGCCACGAGUGCUGCUAGCGGUGGCUUUGCAACUAUCAAGCACGCGUUCAAACAGAUUGUGCUCUCACGCAUGCAGCCUGUGAUCAUGCGGCAAAAGGAGCACCAUCACGUGAGGGGGGUGAUCAAGAAGGCAGCGCAGCGAGCAGGCAAGUGGGCCACAGCCAUGGGGACCAAGAGCUGCCCUUCUUGCCCUGAAUGCUCUCUUCUCUCCCGUCUCUCCCGUCUCUUCCUCUCUUGUUUUCUCCAAACCCAACCACACCUAACUGAACCCCAUCAUCAGGAGCACCACCACGUGAGGGGGGUGAUCAAGAAGGCGGCGCAGCGAGCAGGCAAGUGGGCUGCAGCCAUGGGCACGAAAAGCUGCCCUCCCUGCCCUGACUGCUCUUUGCAGCAACAACAGCAGCAGCAGUUACUGCAGCAGCUGCAGCAGAAGGGUGGGAAAUACGUGGGGCAGCAGCAGCAGCAGCAGCAGCAGCAGGAGGAGGAGGAAGGAUUGGCAGAGAUUGACUUGCGGUUUCCUUCCGUCUCUUCUGACUCCUCUGGAUCUGCUCUUCGCGUCGUCGGACCGCUCUGCACCGCGUCAGGUUUCGUCGACUGCGGCUGCCCGUACGGCGAGUCGGGCAGGGUGGAAUUUUCCGGGGGUCUGCCUGGGCAGGAGCGGCAGGAGGGUGAGGAGGGGGAAGGGGAGAAGAAGCCUCUGUGCGUGGAUGGGAGUUCUCCGGGCAGAUGGACGGGGUUCGACCAAUGGGAGGCCGACAACUGUCAGUACAGAGACAUAACACAACCCGAGCUACACCAGUGCCUGGACACCAAAUGGGUGCAUUUCUUUGGAGAUCACAACUCCCGCCUCCUGGCCCUCCAUUUCGCCCGCCUGCUGGGGCUGCAGAGGCAGGGCGGGGAGGGGGAGGACGGGGAGGAGGGGGGAGACGGGGACGGGCCGUUUGGGGGAGGCGGGGGGGGGGAAGGGGAGGGUGGGGCGGGAGGCGAAGGGGGAGAGGGUGGGGAGGGGUUGGGGGAAGGUGGGGGAGAAGGGGAGGGAGCAGGGCCACGAGGGCCUGGGGUGGCAGAGGGAGUGGAGGAGGAAGGGGACAGAGAGGGGGGUGGGGUGGGCGCUGGUGCUGCUGGUGGGGGGGGUAGGGGGCGGGGGGAGGUUACUGCAGAUGAUGUGGGGGAGGUGGUGAGGCGGAGGAGAAGGCUGGCCUUGAGUAUUGAGGCGUCUCAGAAGUCUGUGCAGCAGCAGCAGCAGCAGCAGCAGCAGCAGCAGCAGCAGCAGCAGCAGCAGCAGCAGCAGCAGCAGCAGCAGCAGCAGCAGCAGCAGCAGCAGCAGCAGCAGCAGCAGCAGCAGCAGCAGCAGCAGCAGCAGCAGCAGCAGCAUGAGCAGCAACAUCAGCAGCAGCAGCAGCAGGCGGAGGGUACUAGCAGCAGCCACGGAGCUGGGGGCCCACCUGCCACACAAGGAGGCAGGCUGAGAGUGAAGUACCUGUUUAGCGACAAGAUGGCACGGCAGAGACACCCUGAGAGCCCACCUGCCACCCAAGGAGGCAGGCUGAGAGUGGGUGCAGGCAUGCGGUGUGUGCAGGCAUGUGGUGGAGGGAGGGUUGAAGGCAUGCUUGUGUUGAUUUUGCUACUUCAAGCUUCGUUAUCAUGUCUUCAAGCUUCCUCGUUUCCGUCUUCCCUUCCACCUCGUCUGUUCUCCCGACAUUCCCGGCCGGGCACACCGGAGCAGCGGGAUUUGAACGACCAGUUUCUUCACAACAUGACAAAAGCAGGCGGGCUGCCAGAUUUUAUUGUGAUGGGCGUGCGGGUGCACGAGGUGGUGGGGUGGGGGAAGAGACCCCCUCCUGAUCUUGACUUUGAUGCUUUUCCGGGCACGCCGGAGCAGCGCGAUUUGAACGACCAGUUUCUGCUCAACAUGACGACAAAAGCAGGCGGGCGGCCGGAUUUUAUUGUGAUGGGCGUGGGGGUGCAUGAGGUGAUGGGGUGGGGGAAGCGACCCCCUCCUGACCUCGACUUUGAUGCGUUCCGGGAUGAUACUGAGAAGCUUCUGGACCUGCUGAGGCGGACGUAUGGAGGAGGGAAGGUGGUGUGGUGGAAGGCGAAUGCCAUCUGGCCAGCGCCUUUUGAGGUGCAGCGCCACCCAAACAAGCAUCCAUAA